ACAACCACGAACUUCACUGGUACUCCAACCCGCCGUACGCCGCCACGCCUCCAACCCGGAUUCCAAAUACUGGCAAACUUAGACAAGCUAUUACAGGGUAGCCAGGGGCCAAGAUGGUUGUCACCAAGGUGGGACAGUGGUCGAACGUCGAAGAUGAGGUCCUCAAGGCCGCCAUCUCGAAGUAUGGCCUGAACCAGUGGGCGCGCUGUGCCUCCCUCCUCGCAAAGAAAACGGCGAAGCAGUGCAAGGCGCGAUGGAACGAAUGGCUAGAUCCGAGCAUCAAGAAGACCGAAUGGUCGCGCGAGGACGACGAGAAGCUGCUCACGAUGGCCAAGCUACUCCCCACACAAUGGCGUACGAUCGCACCGAUUGUUGGAAGGACCGCAACGCAAUGUCUCGAACGCUACCAGAAGCUCCUCGAUGAGCAGGAGUCACGCGAAUCCGGCGAUUUGGGCUUGGCCGGACCAGAAGGUGGAGAGUCUGCGGCUCCCACGGCUGAGGAUGUCCGCCGGCUUCGACCAGGAGAGGUCGAUGCGUAUGCCGAGGCCAGACCAGCUCGCCCUGAUGCGAUCGACAUGGACGAGGAAGACAAGGAGAUGCUCUCAGAGGCGCGUGCGCGCCUGGCUAAUGUGAGCGGAAAGAAAGCCAAACGGAAAGCUCGCGAACGACAACUGGAGGAAUCGAGGAGAAUCGCGCUGCUUCAGAAAAGACGUGAGCUCAAAGCUAGUGGGAUUAACAUCAAGAUCACAGCGAAGAAGGGCAACCAUAUCGACUACAACGCCGAUGUACCCCUCGAACGCGAAGUACCGGCGGGAUUCUACGACACGACUGAUGAGCUCGACCGCAACGAGAAGCAGCGCGAGGCCUUCGACCCACGAAAACAACAACUGGCAAACAAGCGCAAAGCAGAGCAACAGGAGGAAGGCGGCAACAAGCGAAAAAAGGAUGAGAACAAACCUGGAGGUCUUGCAGCGUCAUACGCAAAAGCAGCCCGGGAUCAGAGGAUUCGCGAAGCCGAACAGAGCAGCAAGCGUCGCGCUCUAGCACUGCCAGCACCCCAAGUUGGCGAUGCUGAAAUGGAGGACAUCAUCAAGAUGGGAAUGACAGGAGAGAGGGCUAUUACAGGAGUUGGCGGCGACAACAUGGCUACAGAAGGUUUGGUGGGCAGCUAUUCUGCGCUCGUGAGCAACACACCAAUCCGCACACCUAUGGCGCCCAAGGAAGAGGAUGUUAUCGCCAACGAGGUACGAAAUGCGCGACUUAGGACGGAAACCCAGUCAGCACUGUUGGGAGGAGAUAACCCAGACCUCGUUGAAGACAGCACUCCCGCGUUGCCAGGCUCAGCGACGCGGCACCAGAUUGUAACCCCGAACCCAAUGGCAACGCCAUUUCGUCAAGCCAAUGGAGCGGGUGCUACACCUGCGCGGCAGGGUCAUGGAGCGACGCCCAUACGAACCCCUCGCGACAACUUCCAUCUAAACCAAGAGGAUGGGAUGCAGCUCGUAGGGCAAACACCGCGUGACGUGAAGUUACGCGAGAACGCCAAGAAGUCAGACCUACGAAGCAGACUGGCAGCUUUGCCCAAGCCCAAGGAGACUAGCUGGGAGUUUGAGUUGCCCGAAGAGCGGGAAGAUAGCAUGGAGAUUGAAAUUAGCGAAGAGGAUGCUGCUGAGCGUGACCGUCGGAACAGACAGGCCCAGGAAGCAGCGGAGCGUGCAGAGUUCGCUCGUCAAACACAAGUUGUCCAGAGGUCGUUACCGAGACCAUCCACAGUCGACAUUGAUGCGUUAUUGAAGAGGGCGCUGGAGAUUUCGGAUCCGAUUGAGCGCGAGGUCGAGACGGAAAUGGCACACUUGAUCGCAAACGACGUGCAGAAAUUUGGUGGGGGCAAAGUGUCUGGAACAGCGAAACUCCUCGAACAGUUCAGUGAUGAAGUUCUGAGGGCGGCCAAGAUGGAAUUCGCGCUGGAGCUGUCGAUGAACAGUGAAAAGGACAAGAAGGUGUUCCACGAGGAAUUUGGCACAGCGUGGAUCAACUUGCACGGAUCAUCUACGCUGCCAGGACUGGACGGGUACGAAGAAGACGAGGUCGAUGAGCACCAGAUGAUGGUGGAAACAUUCAACAACGCGCAGGACAGGAUCAUCGAGACAGCACAGCAGGCAAACAAGAUCGAGAAGAAGCUGUCCACGCACCACGGCGGUUACAUGAAGCGGUCUGCUUUGCUUGGAGACAAGAUCAAACAGGCGUCGCUAGCGCUGGAGAAGGCGAAGAUGGAGCUGGACUCUGUCAGGACGAUGCAGUACUCGGAGCAGGCGGCCGUAGCAAGGCGGCUCGAAGGGUUGCGCGACGAGGUGUCGUUUGUUAGCAGGCGCGAGCGCGAGACACAAGAGCUGUACAGGACGCGCAGAGACGAGCUGGAGGGGUUGCAAGCAUCUGCCAAUGGCGGGCACUAGGAAGGCGUGUUUGGAUCGCGUUUGGGUAAUUUGGACAUACGAAGAGGACAUGGGAUUUGCAUUGGUGGCGUCGGUGGGGCGGCAUGCUUGUGUAGUCAGUCAGUCGAGCGUCAGGUCACAUCAGCGGGCCCGAAUACCAAGGAUGCGGUAUGCGU